GCAAGACAAACUUAAAAAACAGAAUCUCAAAAUCUGGAUUAAGGUCUGUUAUUACAAAGUAAGAAACAGAAUCUCUUCUCACCAACGCCUUACAAACCCAUUUUCAUUAUCAUAAAAGGGAUUCAAUCAGCUCCAACGAGCAGGACCGUAGUCCCCUCAGCAAUUUCUAUCUAAAGAAACUGGAUGGGAGCCAAAGAUAAGUUUAUGACCCCACAUCUUAUUUCAACUUCGAAUGUCCAUUAUCACAAGACACAGCCCUUUUAUUUGAAUAAGAUUUGCCAGGCUUUCAGUAAAACUCCACCCCGGAAACAAGCAUUUCUACAGCUAGAGUUGUUGGCUCAAGAGCUUACGAGAACAAAUAGUGGUGUAUCUCCUAACCUUUCCCUACCCUGAAAUACAAACAAAAAAGUGGAAGCAAACCGUAAGAAUAAAUAAAAUCAGAGGCGAUUGAAUAAAAUAAAAUAGCAUAAUGGAUGAGUCUAUGCGUAAAUUUCUUUGUUCUGCACAUUGCUACAUGCUAUUUAAGCAGAGAUAUCUCCCUGUUAACCUCAAAAAUCAAAACUACUCUUACUA